AUGCCCGGCCCAUACGACGCCCAGGUCCAUCAGGCCCCCAGGGAGGCCUCGGUUGGGAGCUCCUACGGAACCUACUCACGAAGCAGCGCAUCGUAUGCGCCUUCGUCAGCGGCCUCGUCUGUUCCUCGCUCCGCGUCGUCCGGAAUCCGACGUGUGUACGGUGCCACUGAGCACACGGCUCAAGUCGCCCGGUCGUCGAAUGGCACCACGGUCAUCAACCACAACAGGACCGGUUAUCAGUCGGGCUCCCCGACCCCCGGCUACAGUGGUGCCUAUGCUGCGAAAUAA